ACUUGCAGAGAUAUUUUCUGCCCGCUAGACUUCUUCUCCUAGCCUCCAUGGCGGUGGCGGAGAUGAUCGCCGUAUCCGUCUCAGCGAAGGUCGCCGCGUCCUUGUCCUCCCCGGCGGCCCUAGAGCUCUCCUCUCUCUUCGCCAUCCGCUCGGGGGUCGACGUCGCGGCGCGCGAGCUCGAGCUCCUCCGCGCCUUCCUCCGCUUCGCCGACUCCCGCCGCGGCACCGACGCGCUCGCCGCCGCCUGGAUCAACCAGGUCCGCGACGCUGCGUUCGAGCUCGAGGACGUCGCGGACGAGUACUCCUACCUAUCCGGUUUGGGUUUCGUCCGUGGCUGUGCCAAUUUGGGCGCCUGGUUCGCGCUGUCGAGGCGACUGCGGAGAGCGCGGGAGAGGCUUCGCAAGCUGUCGGUCGCUAAGGAGGAAUACGGCAUCUUGCCAGCAGUUUCCUCCACGGCGAGAUCGUCUGCAGUUGGCGGCAGCGCGACCCUCCUCACCCGGAAGGUAGCAGAUACGGCUCACUUUCUGGGAGAAGAGGAGAUCGUUGGCUUUGCGGCGCACAGAAGCUUACUGAUGGAAUGGCUAACCGAAGACCUGGAGCCCCGGCCGACGCUGGUCGCGGUCUGGGGGAUGGGCGGUGUUGGCAAGACCACUCUAGUGACCAAUGUCUACAAGGAAGUCGCUGCAAGCUUCUUCGAUUGCGCCGCAUGGGUGUCCGUCUCCAAGAACUUCACGACUGAAGACCUUUUGAGGAGAGUCUUAAAAGAAAUUCAACGUGACGUUCGCAUAGGCACGCCAAAGGACGUGGAAGAGAUGAACUACCGAUCGUUGGUCGAGGCUUUGCAAGGGAUUCUGUCCAAGAAGAGGUACUUGGUGUUGCUGGAUGAUGUCUGGGAUGCCGAAGCAUGGUUUGACAUCCGCGUUGCAUUUAUUGACAAUGGAACCAGGAGUCGGAUAAUCAUCACGACGCGCAGUCAAGACGUGGCUAAUCUGGCAAAAUCAAGGAUUAUCCUGUUGAAGCCACUCCCUGAGAAGGAAGCAUGGUGCUUAUUUUGUAAUACAACUUUCAGGGAGGAUGCUGAUGGAGAGUGCCCGCGGCAUUUAGAGCACUGGGCUUUGAAGAUACUAUACAAAUGUGGUGGUCUGCCAUUGGCUAUUGUAUCGGUUGGCAAUCUUCUUGCACUGAAGGAGAAAAGUGAAUUUGCUUGGAAGAACGUACAUGACAGUCUUGUGUGGGUUGAAAGCACCGAUCAUGGAAUGGGGCAAGUGUCAAGCAUACUGAAUUUGAGUAUUGAUGAUCUGCCAUACCACCUGAAGAGGUGUUUCCUUUAUUGCAGUAUAUACCCUGAGGAUUUCUUUGUCAAAAGGAAGAUUCUGAUUAGGAUGUGGAUUGCUGAAGGCUUUGUUGAAGAAAAAAAUCAUGCUACAAUGGAGGAUGUCGCUGAUGAUUACCUGAACGAACUAGUGCAGCGAAGCCUGCUGCAGGUCGUGAUGAAAAAUGAGUUUGGACGUGCCAAGCGGUUCCAAAUCCAUGAUUUGAUCAGAGAGUUGAUUCUGAGUAGGUCGGCAAAGGAGGGACACUUUGUAUUCUCGAAAUGCACACCAACAUUUGAAUCGAACAGUAAUUUCCGUCAUCUUAUAAUUGAUCGAUGCGCAAGGAGUGACCUCCCAGCUCCAAAGAUGUUAUCGCUUCGAUCCCUCCAUGGAUUUAAAACAGAUUUGGAUGCUUCACUGCUGUCUCGCUUCAGAUUAUUAACUGUUCUAAGCUUAUGGUACAUUCCAAUAACUAAGCUGCCUAGUUCAGUGACAAAUCUCCUCAAUCUGCGCUAUCUUGGCAUCCGUUCCACUCUAAUCAAAGAGCUUCCUCAUGAGUUGGGACGGUUACAUAAGUUGCAAACUUUAGAUGCCAAGUGGUCCAUGGUCCAGAGGUUGCCAGGUAGCAUAACAAAACUCAAAGGUCUGCGUCACCUGAUAUUGUUUAGGCGUGUUGCUGCAGAUUUUAGGUUUCUGUAUCCUGGUAAAGCAGUUGUGCUUCCAAUUGGAAUGGAAAAUCUGACCUGCCUGCAGACUCUGAAAUACAUUGAGGCUGAUGAGAAGACGGUCGAAUCCUUAAGAAGCUUGAAACAGAUGAGGAGCUUAGAAUUAUUUGGUGUCCACGAGGGAAAUAUUAUUCAUUUGCCAUCAUCCAUCUCCAAAAUGAGCCACCUUCUAUGCCUGGGAAUUGUAAGUCGGGAUGCUGAUGUACAACUGGACCUCGAACCUUUUUCACAACCACCGCUGAAUCUACAAAAGUUCACCCUGACAGGGAGGUUAAUGGGGGGUAAGCUACCUUCAUGGUUUGGCCACCUUAGUAGCCUGAUGCAGUUGCAGUUGCAUUCUUCUGAACUCAAGGGAGACUCAAUUGGAUUGCUGUCGUCGCUUCCUAGGUUGAUUGAUCUUAGCCUUGUGGAUGCAUAUGAAGAGAAGAGCUUGACAUUUGCAGCAGGUGAUUUCCCUGUACUUAGAAAACUAAGAUUAGAGGACUUAGCUUACCUUGCUCACCUAGAGUUUCAAAAGGGGAGCCUUCUAGAUCUAGAGGAGUUGAUGCUUUGCCGUUGUUUUGAGCUAAUUAAAAUACCCCAAGGCAUUGAGAACCUUAUGCAUCUCAAGAACCUGGAGCUUUCUGAUAUGCCAAUUGAGCUUACAGAAAAGGUACAGGAGAGGCAAGAAUCGUCAGAGGGGAAACAUCAAGAUGCUCGGCACGCUACAAUUGUCAAGGUCAUCCGUAAUGGGUGAAGGUUGGAGAAAAAAUUUAACACCAACUUAUGCACUUUACAAGGAUAGCACAUUCAAAGAUGGAUCCAGUGGUGUUUGAAAUGUCCUAGAUCUGAAUUUGGUGAUGAUCAUGGGUCAACAAUGUAAAUCUAUUCCAUGCAGGUAUAUAAUAUGAUAGCUCAUGGUGUACAUCAUAUCAUCUUAUGGUCAACCAACUGACCUAGAUGGUCAGACAUAUUAUCGUCAGCCUACACCAGAUAUCUUCAGUUGUUAGCUAGUGUGUUCUGAACCUGACAGACAUAUUGAAAGUAAUCCUGAGUGACCCUGCAGGUGAUCAAGUGCACACAUACACACAGAAUGAAUUGGGAGCUACUCUAUUGAGUAACUAGAUUUGUCUUUGCAUACUCACUGUAAAUGCCCGUCGAUCGAUUUAUAUUGCUUUCGAAGCAA